UGGGCACAGGUAGGUUUCACUGCAGAGUGGCACAGGUGGGGGCACUGCUGGGCACAGGUGGGGGCACUGCUGGGCACAGGUGGGGGCACUGCUGGGCAUGGGUGGGCGGGGCUAGUGGGCGCACUGCUGGGCACCGAUCAUCAGGGCACUGAUCAUCAGUGCCCUGAUGCUCGCGUGAGGAAAGUGCAGCCGAGAACCGGCACUUGCAUUUUCCUGUGAUCAGCGUGUCAUUGGACACCGCUGAUCACGUGGUAAAAGGCCGGUGGGAUCGGCCUUUCAGCACAAAAUGAUCAG